AUGCUUCUGGCAUGGCUUACUCCUAGCUGGGCAUCCGGAAAGCUGAGAACGUCGAUCUCCUUCUCAGCUUGGGAGACCCUGCUGGAGGAUAAAUCUCCGCUGUACUUCGCAGUUCGACGCCCAGAGUCACCGCUGCGCCACGAUGAGGUGAUGAACCAUCGCGGGGGUAACUCUGGAUGUCGAACUGCGAAGAACUGUGUUGAGCAACAAAAUUUGAAGUAG